CGCACUCCACCAUCGCUCCUCGAUUCCCCCCAAUGGACGCCUCCGAGCAGCCGCCGCCGCCGCCGCCGCCGCCUGCCGAUUCCUCCGGCGAGUCGGGGUCGAGCCCGGACUGGGCCGAGCUGACUCACGAGUGCCUCACCAACGUCCUCUCCCGCCUCACGGCGGAGCAGCUCUGGAAGGGGCCCAUGCUCGUCUGCAAGUCGUGGCUCCGCGCCUCCGCGGACCCCUCCCUCCACACCGCCUUCGACCUCGAGGCUCGCUUCGAGUCGUCCCGCGAGUCGAUCCACUGGUGGUCGCCGGAGUUCGAGCGGAGGGUCGACGCCAUGCUCCGAUCGGCCGUCGGCUGGAGCGACGGCGGCCUCGCCGCGAUCCGCGCCCGCCAUUGCUCCGAUCGCGCCCUCGACUUGGUCGCCGAGAGGUGCCCGAAUCUUCAGGUUCUCUCAAUCAAGAGCUGCCAAAGUGUCACCGAUGCCUCGAUGGCCAGGAUAGCAUCCCGUUGCGCCAGCCUCAGGGAGCUCGAUAUUAGCUAUUGCCAUGAGGUGUCUCAUAAAUCUUUGGUUCUGAUUGGGAGGAACUGUCCUAAUCUUAAAGUUUUGAAGAGGAACCUGGUGAACUGGUUAGAUCCUUCCCAACAUGAGGGUGUAGUCCCCACUGAGUAUUUGAAUGCUUGCCCGCAAGAAGGCGAUUCAGAAGCUGCCGCUAUAGGGAAGUGCAUGCCUCAACUGGAGCACCUCGAGAUUCGCUUUUCCAAGUUAACAGCGAAAGGUCUUACCUCCAUUUGCGACGGUUGUCUCGACCUUAUGCACUUGGACCUGUUGGGGUGUGCAAACCUGACUAGUCGUGAUAUCGUGAAUGCGACGUCCAAUUUGAAGAAUCUGCAGGACAUAAUUAAGCCUAAUUUCUACAUCCCUCGGUCGGUUUUCCAUACAGAGCGGUAUGGCCACUGGCAGUUGUAUGAUGAGCGAUUCCAGACGGAUGUCUUCCGAAUCUGAUCAGGCAAGCUGGAAGCGGUUCUCGAGCUAAGCUAGCAGAAUCUGAAUGACUUUGCACGGCAUCUGGUGUGUGAUGAUCUUCAGUGUACUUAUUCGCAUGAAGUCAUGUAGCAACUUCAUCUUGUGUAUUUAUUUAAACAUUACUUUUGAUAAACUUCUCUAUCAAUAUGUUGAUCCUCUCUUUUCGUCCUGCAUUAUUGUAUGCUUCCCUUGCUUGUUCAUAUAUAUCAUAGCGGAACAUCUAUUUCUUGCUGUUC